AUGGCAGUAAAGGGCACAGCAGCUGUCAUGCCACGAGAUGGUGAGGUGGUGCUUCUCGGAGAGGAGGUGCUGUGCGAGCCCAAGGGCACAGCAGCAGUCAUGCCAAGGGAUGGUGCUGCUGUGCGAGGUAGCAUCCUAACCACAUGGCUCUCGCCAUGGCACCCCAAGGACGCAGCAACAUUCUCGCCAAGGGGUGGUGCUUCUCAAAGGGGUACUGUGCGAGGGCGCCACGGCAGUACGGUACCCUCUCAGCUGCCUGCACUGGCGUGGGAGGAGCGAUGCAAACAGCCGUCACCUGGCGAGGAGCGAAGCAGCAACGCAAGCAGAAGCAACAAUGGGAAGCAUGGCGGUAGUAACAGCAUCAACGUGCAUGCAGUAGCACUAGAGGGCAGGAGGGGAGGAGGGGAGGAGGCAGAAAGGGAGGGACGGAGGGAAGAAAGGGAGGAGGAAAGAAGGGAAGGAUGGAAGGGGGAAGCAGGGACGGAUACAAGAGAGGGUGCUGUGCGGGAGAGGAUAAUCAGCACAUGGCUCGCAGCAUGGCUCGCCCUGUCAGUAGACCCAAGCACACAGCAACAUUCUUGCCAAGGGGUGGUGCUUCUCAUCGAGGAGAUGGUGUGUGAACCCAAGGGCACAGCAACAGCCAUGCUCCAGGUUCAAGCUCCAGGUCAAGCCCAGCCGCACAGCCAAUACCACACCCUCUUUAGACAACCUCCGUGUGUGCCUCCUGCUUUGAGCUGCCCCACCGGCCAGCAGCCCCUCUGCCUCCUGUGCUGCCUGCGUGCUCUGAGCUUCUCAAUUGGCCCCUCUGCCUUCCGCCUCAGAGGCAAGGGCGUCGGCAAUAGCAGCAGUAGCAGUAGCGAGGUAGCGUCGUCGGACGACUGGCGGCGCGCGUUGGCGCGGGUGGUGCCGGCGGUGGUGGUGCUGCGCGUGACGGUGGUGCGCGCGUUCGACACGGAGUCCGCCAACUCCAGCUACGCCACCGGCUUCAUCGUCGACCGCCGCCGCGGCAUCAUCCUCACCAACCGCCAUGUCGUCAAACCCGGCCCGGUGGUGGCGGAGGCGAUGUUUCUGAACCGCGAGGAGGUGCCCGUGCAUCCGAUCUACCGCGACCCCGUGCACGACUUCGGGUUCUUUCACUUCGACCCCGCCGCCGUGCAGUUCCUCGAGUAUCAAGACAUCCCGCUCGCGCCCGAGGCCGCCGCCGUGGGGCUCGAGAUCCGCGUCGUGGGCAACGACAGCGGCGAGAAGGUGUCGAUUCUCGCCGGGACCAUCGCGCGGUUGGAUCGCGACGCGCCCGUGUACAAAAAGGACGGAUAUAAUGACUUUAAUACGUUUUACUUGCAAGCCGCGUCGGGGACCAAGGGCGGGUCGAGCGGGUCGCCCGUGAUCGACUCGCGCGGGUGCGCCGUGGCGCUGAACGCGGGCAGCAAGUCGUCGAGCGCGAGCGCGUUCUUCCUUCCGCUGGACCGCGUGGUGCGCGCGCUGGGCGCCAUCCAGGCGUGCUUCGCGGAGAAGGAGGGCGGCGGGUUCGUCGUGCACACGUGGAGCCCGCCCGUCGUCACCCGCGGCACCCUGCAGGUGACGUUGAUUCACAAGGGGUUUGACGAGACGCGGCGGCUGGGGCUGAGGCGAGAGACGGAGGCGGAGGUGAGGCGCGAGGCUGGGGCGGCGGAGACGGGGCUGCUGGUGGUGGACUCGCUCGUGCCGGGCGGCCCUGCUGAAGGCAGCCUGGAGCCCGGAGACAUCCUCGUGCGCGUCAACGGCAAGGUGCUCACGCAGUUCCUAGCGCUGGAAGCCAUUCUAGACGACGCUGUGGGCGGCACCGUGACGCUCGACGUGGAGCGCGGCGGCGCGCCCCUCUCCCUCGCCCUCACAGUGCACGACCUGCACGCCGUCACGCCCGACCGCUUCCUCGAGCUCUCAGGGGGCGUCCUCCACGCGCUCUCCUACCAGCAGGCGCGCAACUUCCGCUUCCCCUGCGGCCUCGUCUACGUCUCCGAGCCGGGCUACAUGCUUUCCCGCGCCGGCGUCCCCCGCUUCGCCAUCAUCCAGAAGCUUGCAGACCAGGACGUGCCGGACUUGGAGGCGUUUAUACGCGUGUUUGCGGGGUUGGAGGCGGGGGCGAGAGUGCCGAUAGAGUAUGUGACGCAUGGGGAGCGGCACCGACCCAAGUCGGUGCUGCUGCUGGUGGACCGGCAUGCGUGGUAUGCGCCGCCCCAGAUGUACUGUAGGGAUGACUCCACUGGGCUCUGGCGCAUCGCCUCCGCGCUCCCCCCUCCUCCUGCUGCUGGCGCUGCUGUUGCCGAUACUGGUGGUGCUGCUGCUGAUGGUGCUGCGGCUGCUGAUGGUGCUGCUGCCGAUGGUGAUGGUGAAGGCAAGAAGGAGGAGGAAGGGUCGAAAACGGGAGGUGCGAACGGAGAGGAGCAGCAGAGGGGGGAGAAGAGGGCGAGAGGAGAGGAGGAGGGCGAAGGGGAAGGAAGCAAGAAGCGCAAGGCAGAGGAGACUGCAGUAGUAGCUGAUGGGGGCGAGCCCGCUGCUGCUGCUGCGGAUGGAGCAGAGUCAGCAGCCAAGCCAGCUGGCACGAGCUCAUUGGUUGAGAGUGCACUGGAGCCCGCGUUUGUCAUGAUGGAGGUGCACGUGCCAUCGUCAGUGAUGGUGGACGGGGUGCACGCGCAGCACUUUUUUGGCACGGCGCUCGUGGUGCACCACACGCCACAGCUGGGGCUCAUCGUGGUGGACCGCAACACCGUCGCUGUUUCUGUCUCUGACAUCAUGCUCUCCUUCUCCGCCUACCCUGUUGAGGUCCCCGGGGAGGUGGUGUUCCUGCACCCGGUGCACAACUUUGCCUUUGUGGCGUACGACCCGUCAGCCCUCGGAGCAGCAGCAGCGGCGGCAGUGAAGCCCGCCACGCUCAAGCCCUCCCCUGCCUUACGCCGGGGCGACCGAGUGCACCUGGUGGGGCUCAGCCGCAGCCAGGCCGUCACGUCCCGGCAGUCCGUGGUCACGAAUCCCACCGCCACGCUCACCGUGGGCGCUGCUGACUGCCCGCGGUACCGCUCUAUUAAUAUGGACGUCGUGGAAAUCGACACGGACUUCGGGCAGUCCUUCUCGGGCGUGCUGGCGGAUGACUCGGGCGCUGUGAGAGCCCUCUGGGGCUCCUUCUCCACCUUCCUGAAGUACGGCGAUGGCGGAACGGACGAUCUGCAGUUUGUGCGCGGGCUGCCCAUCUCCUUCAUCUCCUCCGCCCUCCACCAGAUCAUCCACGCCUCCCCCUCCAAGCCCCUCCGCACGCUCCCACCCACCACUCCCUCUCCCACUCCCGCUCUCCCCACCGCACCUCACGUCAAAAGCAACGGCCUGGCAGGAGAAGCAGGCGAGGGGACAAGCAAGGCAGAGGUGGCGGAGGAGGGAGACAAGGCCGGUGAGCAGCAGCAGCAGCAGCAGCAGCAGGAGGCGGGGGCAGACAACAGCCUGCUGAUGAACGGGCGGCUGUGGGCCAUGCCGCGCAUGCGAGUGCUAGAAGCAGAGCUCGCCCCCAUGCUGCUCUCCAAGGCCAGGAGCUUCGGCCUCUCAGAGCACUGGGUGCACGUGCUGGCGAGUGCCGACCCCGUGCGGCGGCAGGUGCUGCGAGUGAAGGGCACCCUGGCGGGGUCUGCUGUGGCUGGCGUGCUGCAGCAGGGCGAUAUGCUGCUCGCUGUCAAUGGCCGCCCCGUCACGUGCUUCGCUGAUGUGGAAGCGGCCUGCUGUGAGCUGGAUGCAGGGCUGGUGGCGGGGGAUGGGGGGAGUGGCGGGAGAGAGGGCGCUGGGAAUGGGCAUGUGAGUGAGACAGGGAGCAGGGAGCCUACCGGUUCGGCGGCAGCAGGAGGAGAGAUGACUGCAACAAAUGGUACAGCGGAGGCUGCAGUAGAGGCACCAGGAAGUGCAGGUGGAAAGGAGAAUUUAGGGAAGGCCGCAGCAGCAGGGGAGGCAGCAGCAGCAGGGGAAGCGGGCCGGGCGUCAUUGAGUCUGACGAUACUGCGGCAGGGCAGGGAGCAGCGGGUGCAGGCGGGCACGGACGUGCGGCACGGAUUCGGCACGACGCGAGUGGUGAACUGGGCGGGGUGCCUCGUGCAGGACCCGCACCCUGCUGUCAGAGCCACCGGCUUCCUACCCUCGCAGGGCCACGGCGCUUAUGUUGCCAGGUGGUGCCACGGCAGCCCAGCGCACCGCUACGGGCUGUACGCUCUCCAUUGGAUCGUGGAGAUCAACGGCCGUCCUGUGCCCGACCUCGAUGCACUGGUUGCCAUCAGCCAGGUGAGACCAUAUUCACAGUUGCAGGGAAAUAUGACAGAGUUGCCGCUCUGCCUCCCCUUCCUCUCUUCCUCUCUCUCAUCUCGUCCACCAUUUUGUCAUUUCCAAUUCCCUCUUCCAUCGCCACCCCUGUCCUUCCUCUGCUGCUCUCCCUCUCUCCUUCACCCCUCAAACCCCUCCCCCGUAUUUGUUCUCUCAGGGGCUGGAGCUUCAUAUUUACACACACAUCCCCCUCUUCCCCUCCCCUUCCCUCUCUCCGCGUGGCAGGAGUUGGAGCACGGGGCGUUUGUGAGGGUGAAGGUGGUGCAUCUGAACGGCAAGCCGCGGGUGCUGACGUUGAAGCAGGACCUGCACUACUGGCCCACCUGGGAGCUGCGCUUCGUGCCCAGCACCGGCACCGAGUGCUCCGAAAGUCUCCCGCCGGACGAUUCCUACCUAUCAUCGUCCGCCACGUCAGCGGCCCCGUCCGGCGCGGUGUUCGGGUCCGUGUCUGACGUCAGUGGACCAAUCCUAUCUGUUUCCUCCGCCACUGUCGCCCGCGCGGGUGCGGCGGCGGCGCAGCAGGAAGCGGCGGAUGGCGCAAAACCGAGCCGGGAAAAGCAGGCGGGCGCGCCGGGGCGGGGGGCGGCCCCCGGGGGUGGAGGGGCGGGCGGAGCAGCGGGGGCGGCGGGAGGGGCAGCGGGCGCGGGGAGGUCGCCGGCGGACAGCAGCAGCAGCGCGGGGGGGAGUCCGCGGAGUGCGGGGAGCCUUGGCGUGCGGGGCGCCGCCAAAGCCGCCUCCGCUGUGGUGCCCGCGUCCCUACCCACGGUGAUGGCGGGGGGCAAGAAGGUGACGUCAAAGGCGGAGAGGCGCGCCGUGCAGGAGGCCCAGCGCGCUGCCAAGGCCGCUGCUGCUGCUGGUGGUGCUGGCGGCGGCGGUGGUAAAGGUGGAAAGGGCGCAGGAGGGGCAGGUGGAGGAGGGGGCAAGGGUGGGAAGGGGAAGGAGGGCGGGCAGCAGGGCGGAGGGAGGAGGGCAAGCGGGGAAUCCGCUGCAGUGUCUGCUGCCGGGACGGGGGGAGGGGACGCGGAUGGGGGUGGGCGCAGCAGCAGUGGGAGCGUGGCUGGCGCACAGAAGGGCGGAGGAGGCGGUGGGGGAAAGGGAGGGGGAGGGCGGGGAGGGGAGGACGGGCAGCACAAGUCGAGCUCGCUCCGUGGGGGGUGGCAGCAGCUGAUGGCUGACGUGGCAGCAGUGGAUUCGUCGCUGCGCGUGGAUCUGUUCCGGCACCUGCCGCAGUUUGACCGGGCGGCACAGAUUGCUCUCGUGGAGGCGCGGCUGCUGGACGAGGAGGACUCCCCACUCUCCGUGCACCCUGCUGUCUAUGAGGUGGGGAUGCGGUUCCUACAGCAGGAGCAGCGCCUGCAGGGCGGCAACGAGCGGUGCCUGGCCAUGCUGCACGCGCUGCGCCGCCUCUUCCUCGACCACCGCGUCCCGGACAACCGCCCCCCCAUCCGCGACCUCACAGCGCGCCUCAACGCGCACGUCGCCUUCCUCAUCGCGUGCCGGCCGCUCUCCGUCGGCAUGGGCAACGCGGUGCGAGCGCUGAAGCAGUGCCUCACGCGCAUGGGCGCGGACCCGGGUGUGCAGGAGGGCGCGGCGCGCGCGGCGGUGGUGGCGGAGAUCGACCGAUUUGUGGCGGAGAAGCUGGUGUUCGCCGGGCAGGAGGUGGUGCGCCAUGCCGCGGGGAAGAUUCGUAGGGAGGGCGAUGUGAUUCUCACCUUUGGGUGGUCUGAACUCGUGCUGGAGGUGCUGCUGUCGGCAGCGCGAGCGGGGCACAGGUUCAGAGCCAUAGUGGUGGACUCACGGCCGCACCUGGAGGGCAAGGAGAUGGUGCGCCGCCUGCUCACGGGCGGCAUCUCUUGUCUGUAUCUAAGGCUCAACGCCGCAUCGUACAUCAUGAAGGACGUGACACGUGUGUUCCUGGGGGCGGCAGCAGUACUGGCGAACGGGGCAGCGUAUGCGCGGGUGGGGACGGCAGCGGUGGCGAUGAUGGCGCAUGCACAGCGCGUGCCGGUGCUGGUGUGCUGCGAGUCCAGCAAGUUCCACGAGCGCGUGCAACUCGACUCCAUCACCCACAACGAGAUCGGCGAUCCACAAGUGCUCAUCAGCACGGGCGUCUCACCGCUCUCACCAAUCUCACCGCUCCCAUCGGACGCACCAGAAGCAUCAGAGGCGGCGGAGGCGGCACCGUUGCAGCACUGGCAGAGCACACCCAACUUGCGCCCCCUCAACAUCCAGUUUGACCUCACCCCAGCAGACUACAUCACGGGCAUUGUCACCGAGAUUGGCGUGCUUGUCUCCCCCGUGCAUGCCACCUCCCAAUGUGCCACCUCCCAAUGUGCCACCUCCCAAUGUGCCACCUCCCAAUGUGCCACCUCCCCAUGUGCCACCGCCCCAUGUGCCACCGCCCCAUGCGCCACCGCCCCAUGUGCCUGCCUGCGUGCCUACCAGGUGCCCACAUCGAGCGUGCCUGUCAUCCUGAGAGAGUGCCGCAACCAGCCCUUCUAG